AUGGAGUCGUCAAUUUCGAAAGCGACAAUAGAACGCAAAAGGGCACGCAAAGCUCUGCAGCAUAGAAAACCAUAUUUUUGCGGUAACUACCGCGGAUACUAUAAUAAACGAAAGAAUCCAGCGACGAACGACGAUUCACGGCUAGCUCUGUUUAAGAGAGAUUGGUUUGAAGAAAGGAAUAUAUUAGACAUUGGGUGUAAUUCGGGCGAUUUGACUAUCGCCAUUGCCAGGAAGUUUCGACCCAAGACGACGUUGGGAAUAGAUAUUGAUUCUGUAUUGAUUAGAAAAGCAAACGAGGGAAUAAAACAAGACGCAGAGACGAAGGAUUUCGAAAACAUUAAAUUUGAGACCGAAGACUGGAUGGCCGAGACGGUUGUGGGACAAAAGUUUGAUACUAUAUGUCUUUUUUCUGUUUCAAAGUGGAUUCACCUAUAUCAUGGAGAUGAAGGAAUUAAACGAUGCUUCCGCAAAAUAUACGAAAGUCUGAACGACAAUGGGAUAUUUCUAUUCGAACCACAGGAAUACAAGUCUUAUAAGAAAUACAAGAAAAUAUCAGAGAUAACGUUGGAAAAUUAUAACAACAUCAAAUUUCGACCAGAACAUUUUCACAAGUAUCUAAUGGAUGAACUUGGGUUUCGGAUAUUUCAGAAACUAGGACGUAGCGAGUCGUCAACAGAAGGUAAGAACAUUUGUGUUCCUAAUGAAUCAGACAUGUGUGUGCGUGCAUCGGGGAAAUAG